GGCUAGCUCCGCUUUGGGACGGCAUUUCUCACCUUGUUUGUCGUCCCCAAGAGGGAAAGGGGGCGAGAAGACUCAGUCCCACAUGAUUAGACAUAGAUCAAACCGAGAAAAAAAAUAAGAUUGACCGUGAUAACCCUCAGAUCCUCAAUACAGAGGUUCUCAAGCGUCCGCUGCAACCAUGGUUUCUGUCACGGACGAAGAGCUAAAGAGCAUAUACGCAUUCGCCGUGCAACUUGGAAAGGAUGCUGGGACACUGCUGCAGACGGCCGCCCAGGCGCGGAUGGCAGGCAAAACGAGGUCGAAAAGCGUGGAGAAGGCGAACGCCGUUGACAUCGUGACCGAGACUGACGAGGAUGUGGAAGCCUUUGUCAAGCGGAGAAUCAACGAAACUUAUCCCUCGCAUGAGUUUGUGGGUGAAGAAUCUUAUUCCAAGGGAGAGUCAAAGCGGUACCUGAUCACGGACAAGCCGACGUGGUGCGUCGAUCCUCUCGACGGCACCGUCAACUACGUCCACCUCUUUCCCAUGUACUGCGUGUCCAUCGCGUUUCUGGUCAACGGCAAGCCCGUCGUCGGCGUGAUCAACGCCCCGUUUCUGAACAUGCUCUUUUCCGCCCGCACCGGCGGCGGCGCCUGGCUCAACGAGACCCAGCAACUGCCGCUGGUGCGGAGCCCGAUCCCCCCGCUGCCCCAGGACGCGCCAAAGGGCUGUAUAUUGUCCUGCGAGUGGGGAAAGGACAGGAGGGAUGUCCCGGACGGAAACAUGUAUCGGAAGAACGAAUCGUUCAUGAACAUGGCCGCCGAACUGGGAGGGCGAGGCGGCAAAGGAGGGAUGGUGCAUGGAGUGCGCAUGCUGGGUAGCGCGACGAUGGACCUCGCAUUCACCGCAAUGGGAAGUUUUGACAUAUGGUGGGAGGGCGGCUGCUGGGAGUGGGACGUGGCUGCGGGGAUCUGCAUUCUGGAGGAAGCCGGUGGUCUUGUCACCAGAGGAGACCCACCGGAGGAUGCGGAGACUGCAGCCAUCGAGAACGUUAAUCUCGGUGGUCGACUCUACCUGGGCAUCCGACCUGCUGGUCAGUCGGACAGCGGCGAGACGGCGCGAGAGAGCCAAGAGCGCGUCGUGCGCGAGGUGUGGAAGAGAGUGCGUAGACUUGACUAUUCUAGACCCGGCGUAUAGCGAGCAAAGUUCUGUCCCACUCGCUUUCCACCCCCCCCC